CAGAGUGGGUUUGAAUAUAUAUUUCGGGGCUGUACUAUAUGUGACGGGACAAGGCUGGGAGGCCGCCCAUGUGCGUCACGCAAUAUGCAUGCAUGCCCAAGCCAUGCAGUUUUUUCCAUGGCACAGCCACGAGGCAGACUGGUUUUCCCGAUACGACGAUAAUAUGCCCAGAUGAUAAACCUUGGGCUAUCCCCUAAACUCUAACAUCAUCUUCAUGUCCCUCAGGUGUUCUUCUCUCUUGGUAGAGAGCUUCAUUCUCCAAAUAAUUUUGAACUGAAAGCGACAAAACUAUUCCUACCAUGGCUUAUUCCUCGAACGAAUACGAAGUAUCUAUCCCAAUAAGUUUAAAGACGCUUAAGGAAGCUACUAGGGGAUACAUACAGGAAUCCCAAACUGAGGACGGCAUUCCUGACUCACCGGAGCUAGGAUAUCGCGAGGUUCCCGUUGAAGUGCGUCAGCGGUCGGAUAGAACCAUCAGAGCCGAGCCGCCACCACCCCCAGUCACCCAGAACAGCUCUACACUACAGCGUCGACGCUUGGGCCGCGGGAAGAAGCAAACAAACGGCUUCGAUGGAGAUAGUGGGAGUGAUUCGGACGAAGGUGACCCAAAAGACGGGCGUAACGGGAACGACGGUCCUAUCGCGCGACAGCGGCGACAGGCGGAAAAGUUAACCGAAGAUUCUGCGCCCCCCGCUAAGGCGAGCUCUUCGUCUUCUACAUUUCUGACGCCUGAGGAAGAGAAGCGCAUGCGCCUACAUCGUGCCUUGCAAAAAGAUUCACGUAUAUGGCAAGGUCUCUUGGACGCUUGUGUAAAGCAUAGGUCUGAUGGUCCAUCAGUGAGAUCUGCUUUGAUUUCGUACAAAUUGAAUCCAAACAUCCCCCCGGAUUCCGUAGAAAGCGAUUUGGAUGUUGAGGUCAUUCGAAAGCAGGAUGAAAGACUGCGUGAUUACCUAGAUGAAGCCUUGUACCACGAACUAGAUGAGACGGCGAGUGACAGUGGUUCGGAUUCAAGCGCAGAACAGAAAAUUCUUGAGGAAGUUAUCUAUCAAAUCGAAUCGGAAUUUAUUUCAUCGUACCUGAAGAUACGCCCUCACAAGUCGGACCAGGCCUGCCGUGAUGAUUUAUUCUCUGCUAUCACUCGAUUAAUUAAGGCUUCGGGCCAUUUACACUUCCCUUCGAAUUCAGCCGAAAAGUUUGUGUCUCAACAUCUCCGCUCCGACCUAUUGCCUAGGAGGUAUGGUUUGCUAGUUAUCGAUGAAAUCUUCAGAGAAGAGACACGGUCCAACAUACAAAUCGAUACCACAACCACCCCUACUCAUUCUGGGCAGUCAGGAAGUUCCGUGGCAGGAGCAGUAGAAGAGUGUCGGACAGAUCUAUCUCUGAUGAAGUCAAUCGUUUCCUCACGCCAAAAAGGCCUGUUGAAUCCCAAGUACACCAAUUGGAUAUAUACGUUGGCACCCCGCUCUGAAAUCAAAAAAUACUGCCGACAAAGACGCAGACAGAUGCGAGGAAGGAAAAUCAGGGGACUUUUCGAACAAUUGGGACAGUCAAGUAUCAGCCAGGAAUUUUAUGUGAAAGACGCAUAUGGGGGCCUUGGGCUUGUGCUGUUCAAGGGGAACCUUCCGUACUCGCUAAGUUCCGUGAAUUACCAACUUUUCUGUAGCUUUGGAUGGUUUAGGCCUAUGAACCAUGAGCGGUGGGUUCGUUACGAGCUUGAUGAGUAUGGCGAAAUCUUCCUGGUUACCAUGGACAAAGAGGUGCUAGCAUUAGCUACCCCUGAAGGAGAUAUGUAUUUUUAUGAUUCCGACCUGCAAAGUUGCUAGGCUGGCAGCAUAAUUUGUAUCAUAGGAUCAGUAUUCGGCCUUAUUGU